GUCCCGUGCUCACGUUGCCCGGUUGAACGUUGACCCACCGGUUCCAGCUGAAGUUGCCCCCGGUUGCACGGCGCCGCUCGCCCGGUGACAAUGGCCGCGCGCGCCUCAGCUCUGAAGCCCUUGGCGACACUCGGAAGACUUUGCAGCGGCGGCCGGGCGUCGUGCGCCGCGGCGCGUGCGUUCUCGUGCGCCGCGGCGCGUUCUCAACUGCGCCGAGUGACGGGGACCGGCGGCGGCGCUUUGACGGGCACGGUGGACCGGUUCGGUGGAGUCACGGUGGACCUGGCGGACGCCGGGUUACCGGGGGACAUCAGCGAAGGCGCGUUCAGCAGGUUGCUUCACGAUUCUCUGGCCGCGUGGAAAGCCGAGGGGAAGGUGGCCGUGUGGCUCCGGGUGCCCAUCUCCCUGAGCCGGUGUGCCGCCGCCGCCGCCGCCCACGGCUUCACCUUCCACCACGCCAAGCGCCGCCACGCCGUGCUGGCCCUCUGGUUGGGGGACGGGGAGAGCCGGCUGCCGGGGUUCGCGACCCACCAAGUAGGAGUGGCAGGCGCAGUCGUCGAUGAGUCGAAUGGAAAAGUUCUCGUGGUCCAAGACAGAAACAAGACAAAGAACGCUUGGAAGUUCCCCGGCGGCUUGUCGGAUCCAGGAGAAAAUAUUGGCGCCACGGCGGUCCGCGAGGUGUUCGAGGAGACCGGCGUGCGCUCCGAGUUCCGGUCGCUGCUCAGCAUCCGGCAGCAGCACGACCUCCCCGGAGCCUUCGGCGCGUCGGACCUGUACAUCGUCUGCCGCCUCGGCCCGCUCAGCUACGACAUCGACUUCUGCACGCACGAGUGCUCGCGCUGCGAGUGGCUGCAGCUCGCCGAGCUGGCGGAGACGGCGAACACGACGCCCGUCACCUCCCGCGUGGCCCGGCUGCUGCUGCGCGGCCUGGAGCGCGGCUUCGGGGACAUCGACCUCCCGCUGGAGGAGCUGCGCGCCGUCUACUCGGGCGCGUUUUACCAGCUGUACCAGCGGCAGCUGGAGCGCUAGCGGCCCGUCGGUACCGCUCAUGUUUAAACGUGUUUUUUAUGGGAAUUAAGUUUGUUUCUUUAAACACGAGCUGUGACUUCAAAUGUAGCGAAACUACAAGGAAACACUCACUUUGUGGUUCUUAUAUAUAUUUAUAUUUGCCACUGUGGUGCCUGCAACCGAGUUUGAUACGGUUCUUUUAACUUUUCGUAGGCGGCCAUGUUGGAAGACGACAGGUCAGAGGUCAAAAUCAUCUAUUAACUGCCUUUUAUGUCCUCUUAUCUCGUAUUAAUGAAUGUAGAAGACUUUUUUUUUUUGCACAAAUCUAAAAUGAUACACUAACUGACGCAGUUUUAACAGGAAUCAAACACAACCUCAGGUGAUCUGUUGAGUGACCUCUAAGUGUGCAGAGUAGUGUAAAAUAAUUAUAUAAAUUAGUGCUUUUAAGUAGUGCUUUGGGUUUUGAUUUGAGUGUGCUGAGUUCUUACUUUGUCAAACAAUGUUGUAUAACUAAAUUAAUAAAAUUACGAAGCUGA